UUCCCCUUCCCCGAGACAGUGGUAGCGUCUCCAGGGGCAACAGCAAUGGCGGCCCCGUUGUCCGAGCGGCUCUUCUCGCUGGAGCUGCUCGUAGACUGGGUGCGUCUUGAAGCCGGGCUGCUGCCGCCGCCGCCCGUGGUCGCGGUGGAGGAGGAGCAAGAGGAGGCCGAAGAGGAGGAGGCAUCGCCGCCACGGCCAUCGCGCGACUUGUGCCCCGCCGUGGCCUUCCGCCUGCUGGACUUCCCCACGCUGCUGGUUUACCCUCCUGAAGGCCCCGGCGCCCCAGCCCCGGAGCCCCGGCCCGGCCUGGUCAGCUUCGGUCGCGGCAAGUCCUGUCUCUUCCGCCUGCACCCCGCCACCCUGCACCGCCUGCUCCUUCGGACCCCGCUUCACACCCUGCUACUGCAGCUGCCCCCUGGGCGUCCGACUCCCGCCCCACAGCUCCUGGGUGCCUGUAGCAUCUCGCUGGCCGCCGCCGCCCACAAGGUCCUGGGACAGGCCGCCUCCGGCUGCUCCCAGGGUCAUCGAGGAAAUUUCCCUCUGCAUAACCAAGCUGGGGAUCGGAUUGGGUACAUUGCUCUGGGCUACCGCUUGACUGAUUUGGGAAGCAGCUUGUUGGGCCAUCUCGAGACGCCAGUUACUUCCACAGGAGGUGGGGUGGAGCGUGUAGAGGGCAGUUCCCAAACCCUGCGGGAAAAACAGCAACCAAACUCAGAGCCAAGAGCGAGAGAUGCUGAUAGGUUUCUCGUGGGUUUAAAAAUCCCAAAGGUACAGAAGGAUUUGGAGGAAAGAGCUUCCCACAGUAAGAACAACUCUGGUAACACGGUUUCUGUGAAGCAUGGCAAAACCAAGUCUAUUUGUUCAAAUUCUAGUGGUGUGAGGAGCGUUAGCCCCCCAGAUCAGGAAGUCACAGAGUUAGACAUUGAAACCAACACUUUUUGCCCCCCUCCUCUGUAUUACACUCAUUUGACCCAAGAAAAGAUGUCUCCUGUACAGGGUACAAUCACCAUUAAGCCUCAAAUAAAUGUACCUGAGGAAUUGGAUGCUGUUUUUCUAGAGGAAAAUCAUGCAACUGCCCCAACACCUACUGAUUCUCUGAAACCUACUAAUUCUGGGUUACAUGAGAAUCCUCCAGUGCUCAUAAAUGCUCCGCAUGUUCAGGAUAUAGGAGCAAGUGAUCAAACUACAGAUCAUGCUCAAACUGAACAAAAUAGAAUUAAUACAGUAAGGCAGCUGCCUUUGUUAAAUGCUUUGUUGGUUGAGUUGUCCGUGUUAUACAACCAACCUGUGGCAAGCCCUACUCAAAUACAUCCUCACUUAGCCUGGUUAUAUAGAACUGAGGAUAAGAAGUCACCAGAAUGCACAUGUAAAUCUGAAUCUAAGGAUCGGCUUUCUAUGGGGGGAAAUGAAAAGUCAGCAAAUCUUCAGUAUAAAAAGAACCAAGCUGAAAAUCUCAAAAAAGGUAAAUAUUUUGAAAAGAACAGUGGUAACCCCCCCCACAGAGUUCCAAGGGGGAAGUUGCUUUACGGUUUAACAAAUACACUUAAACUACGUUUAAAGCAGACAAAUCCUGAUAUGUUGGUAGUACAUGAAAAAAGAGAGCAGUAUAGAAAAAUGCAAGCACAAAUGUUAGGUGCAAAACUCAGAACUCCACCAUCCAAAGUUAAAGUAUUAAGCUUUGCAGAACAACAUCAGAAGCCACACCAACUGCCGAAAGAUAAGUGUUUGGGAUUAGAUGCAUCUUUUGCUGAAAACAGUGAUACCUCAAAGCAAAUCAGUGGAGUUUUUGAUGACCAUAGCACAACUAAAGAAACUAAACUGAAAUGUGCAACUGAAAAAGCUGUAGAUUGUGGUGAACAUAGUGCCAAUAAUGGUUUAUUGGAAGAAAUUGUGAGUCCUGCAAAUUCCAUUGUCCCUGAAGGUUUUACUCAUGCAAGUAUUUUGGAAGGAAAAAUGGAAAUGAAAGUCCAAAGUUCAUGUGUUUUCCAACAGGUUGCAGUUGUUAACAGAAUUGUAGUAGAUAAAGAAAUAGAGGAUAAACAGGUCAAAACCACCGAUGAUGACACUCUUAUUGAUGAUAUCAGUGAAAAUAAACCAAGUAAAAAUAGUUGCUCUGAAAGCAUCUCAGAAUUAAAGUAUUCUGAUGACUUCACCAGCCCUUGCUCUUCUGAAGAUUUCUAUACCACUGAGGACACUAGCAGAAUUUUACAAGCUCAUGAUAGCAGUCCAGGGGCAGAAAAUCCAAAACAUAACCAAUACACAAGUAAGUCUAGUGAAACAAUACUGUCCAUAAGAAAAAACAGCAGUGAAAAGAGUUCUAUUCUUAGCCCACCUUUUUCAGCUGGAUCACCAGUACACUCAUAUAAAAGAUCUCAUAUUUCAAAGAUUCAAGAUAAAAGUUUGGAGGAAACGUCUAGUAUCUCUAGCAGUGAUUUAUCUUCAUCACACUGGAUUGAGGAAAAAGAAAACCAGAGAGAUCGAAACAGUAUGUAUAAUUCUAAAGUUAUAAAGAGGGGUCAAGACAUCUCUAUUAAACUUAAAACAAGAACUGGUUGCAAGUCUUCAGAAAAAAGCCAGUCACCUCGGACAUCUCAAGUGAGUUCUUAUCUGCCAUCUAAUUUGUCAGAACUAGAACUUAAUGUCCUGGAUAGCAGUACACCAGAUCGCUUUGACGAAGAUGAUGAAGUUGCUUCACUAAGUAUUUCCAAACAAUGCAAAGAUAUUUGCGAAUUAGUGAUAAAUAAACUUCCAGGAUAUACAGUGUGAAAAUACGUGCUUUUAAAAAAAAUUUCAUUUUUGUAUAACCUAUGUGUACUGUUAGUGAAACAAUUUUUAAUAUUUUAGUAUAUACAUUACAUGAGUAAUUCUUUUUAAGAAAUAUGUUAUUUUGAUGUCUAGAUAGUAUUUAUUAAAUUGAACAAUAUUAAUCAUGAAAUCACCUUAUAAUCUAGGUAAGAUUUAAGUUGUUUAAUCUUAUAAGAAUAAAAGUAUCUUUCUAAACUAUCUCAAAGUAUCUAUCUGAAAGUAUCAGUCAGCCUAAAGCUGGCUUCAGGCACACCAUUACAAAAAGAAGGCUAGUUAAUAAGGAUAACCUCAGAUUUUAAUGGGAAUAAGUCAUUUAACAAAUAUAGAAGAACUUACUCUGUGAGAUGCAGAAAGGUACAAAAAUAUUUAAGAUAUAGCCCCUGUAUGUAGAGCUUACUGUUUUAUAUAGACAUGAAUUCUUUAGGGAAAUCUUAGAUACAUACACAUCCCAUAUCCCCAACAGAUGAAGUCCUUUUUUAUAUGUUGUCAUUGUGCUCUGUACUUUUUUUUUUUUUUAAUGCAGUUUGUGUGAUUACUUGAUUAAUGUGUAUCUUCUGUUAGGCUUCAGUUUUGUGAUGGAAGGGACCAUAUCAGUUUUGCCCACCAGUGUAGUAUGUUCUUAGUAUCUAGCACGGUCUAGUAUGUGGUUGGGGUGUGAUGAUAGCAUGUGUUGAACAAAUUAAUGAAGGCCAUGCAUUUAAAAUAACCUGAUGGGAGGGAAUAGAAUUAAGUAAACAAGCAAAAAUCCUGAGAAUAAGCAGCAGAAAAUCCUUAUUGGAAACAUGGUUAUUUGACUACAAUAUUUUUGUUUUGCUGUGUAUAAACAGCCUGCAGGUGUUCAACAGAUAUUUAGGGAAGGAAGCUAAGAAAGGUGUCUUCCAGUUUCUUAUAUAGAAAUUCAAUUUAUUGUUGUCAUUUCAGGUUGUUCCAUAGUUAUUUUUAAAGUAUGAAAGUUUGUUUUUAGGAAGUCUAGUGAUCAUUUCUUUAUAAUUUCUUCCCAUUGGUUUUGUACUUAGACCUUAUUCUAUGUUCAAAUGUUUACAUGUAGUUUUUUUAUGUGUUUUAUUUUAAUUUUUACGCUUUUUAAUAUAUCUGAUAUUUUUGGAUGUAUGAAGUGAGGCCCUAAUUUUCCUUGCUUUAUAAGUAAUUAAAUAAUUAUGUAAGUAUUAUCUUUUGAAUGAUAAUAACAGAUAAAAUGUAGAAAGGUGGUAAGAGAUGAGGAUGUUAUAUUUUGAGAAACAAUACGAAUAAAAGAAAUAUGGGAAUGAG